GCGGCGGCGGCGGCAGCAGCGGCAGCGAGCGGGAGGCGGCGGGGGAAGCAUGGUCGGCGGCGGGCGGGCGCGAUGGAGCCGCCUGAGGGCUGGGACCCGUACCGCCGGCCGGCCCGCCGCACCCAGUGGCUGGUGAGCGCCCUGGCCUACCACUACGGGCUGGACCGCGGCGUGGAGAACGAGAUCGUGGUGCUGGCCACCGGGCUGGACCAGUACCUGCAGGAGAUCUUCCACCACCUGGACUGCGCCGGCGAGGGCCGCAUCCCCGGCGAGGACUUCCGCACGCUGUGCCAGGUGCUGGGGCUGGAGGCGGCGGCCGACGCGGAGGAGUGCGCGGGGCUGUGCGAGGGGCUCUCGGCCGAGCUCACCUUCCGCCAGUUCCACGCGCGCCUCUGCGGCUACUUCAGCACCCAGGCGGGCGGCGCCGCGCCGCGCCUGCCGCUGGGCGCCGACAGCGAGCACAUCGAGACGCAGAUCCGCCUGCGCAGCCCGCUGCGCCGCCGCCGCCCGCGGCCCGGCCCCGGCCGCGGCCCCGGCCCCGGCCCCGGCCCCGGCCCCGGCACGCAGGCGGCGGGGCGGCGGGCGGCCGGGCCCUGCUCGCGCGAGUGCUACGAGGAGGUGGUGGCGCUGGAGCAGGCCGAGGACCGCAUCGCCAAGCUGGAGGAGGAGAACGGCAGCCUGCGGGAGCUGGUGGAGGACAUGCGCGCCGCCCUGCAGAGCAGCGACGCCCGCUGCCUCGCCCUGCAGGUAGGACUGCGGAAGAGCCACGCUAACCAUAAGGAAGAGGGGACCUGCUUUAUAGGAAGCAAGAGACUGACAACACAGAACCACCCUCAGACCAAGUGCCUUCAAAGCAUACUGAAGGAAGUGGAGCUCAUCCGGAGCUCCAGGGAUGGACAAAUUGAAGAAGCAAUUAGGUUCAAUCAGGAAUUGGAAAGAGAGCUGAAGAGCUCUCAGGAAGCUCUCGUCAACCUGGAAGACUGCAACCGUAACCUGAAGAGAGAACAAGCAGAAAUGAGAAAGAAGGUUGAAGAAGCAAGACAUGCGGUCCUUAACAGUCUUGGCAAAGUGAAGGAAUUAGAAGUGAAAGCUAACGAAGUGCCACAUUUGCAAAUAUACAUUCAGCAGCUAGAAUCAGAACUGCAGCAUUAUAGAUCAGAAACCAUGAAAUUUCAACCUCCUGCAAGAAGCAGCCCAGAACAGAAAGAAGGAACAGCUUCACUGGAUGGAAGAUACUGUUUAUCUGCUGUGCAACAAGAUCGAAGAUCUCCCACUGGUGGAGCUGGGAUUUCAGAGAAUGCCGAGGAUCAGAUCUUCCGCUCGGUGGAGGGCCAGGCUGCUUCUGAUGAAGAGGAGGAGAAGUGGACAGGAGACCAAGUGACUGAAGUGAAGAAAAUACUGGCCAAGCUCCCUUGUUGUGGCACUGGAUGUGAUGAAAAAAUGCGGAAAAAGCUGGUAUCUUAUUUUGGGACCACCAAAACUGAAAAUUAUCAAACAGCCUCUGUGGAGCUAGCAGAGAGAAUCAGAGAGCUAACUGAACAGCUUGAGCUCAAAGGGCAUGAAGUGAAAAAAAUGGAAACAAACAUGGAAGAGAUGAAAGGCCCAUUGCUAGGUGAACUGCAGCAAAAGGUGGAGGAGACCGAAUUGUUGAAGAUGGAGCUACAGAUGUUGGAGACUGAGAGAGUUAGGCUGUCACUGGUGGAAGAAAAGUUCAUGGAUGUUUUACAGCUUCUUCAACAACUUCGAGAUUUGAACAUAUCUAAGCGAGCCCUGGGGAAAAUCUUGCUGAGCACUUUGGAAUCCUGCCGUGACCCCCAAAAUGGAAAAGCCCACCUUUUUGAAGUCCUAGAUACUCUCUACCAUGAGCUGACUGCCUGCGAGCUCUUACAAAGCCAGCCCCUGGAGCAGGCGCAGAACCGCCAGUCGUUGUCUAACCCACUGGUCAUCUCGUGCUAAGCAACAGCGCCAACAACAGCGCCUCUCAGCUCAUCAAACAGCCACUGCUCAUUCAAACAACUGACGAACGAGUAAGCUUUGUCCAGCUCAAAGGAGCUCAGUAAUGGAGGAGAGCGGCAGAAUAAUUAAGGCAUAAAAUCAAAGUUACAUUGCUUUAGGGAAGAGCGCCAAUUCCUCAGCUAACUCCAAGGUCAGCCCUUAUCUGAACGAGCGUUCGCAGGAAGUGAAGAUUGCUUACCAAUGCCCACCUCUGAUAGCCGCCUAACCAGCCUUAUAUUUUGGCCCUGUAACUGUACUGGCUACUCAAAUAGGAAGUAUUCCAAUUACCCUGACCUGGCCAAUUUAGAUUUACAGCCCUGGUUAUACACUAGCUGGCAACAAUUUUUUUCUUUUGUGAUUACUGAAUCAUUUUAUUCAAAAGCAAAAGACAGCCUUUCUAGCCACUGGCAAGUAAGCUGUGUUCUUAAUGCACAAGGGACAAAAUUACUAUAUUAUAAAUAUACACAUAUGAAUAUAGGCCAGUAGUGCAAGUUAAAGACUAUGUAUAAAAUGUAUGUUUGUAUGUGUUUAUAUAUGUGAAUACAACUAUUGAUCUUAUUUAACUCUGAAGUUAGAUUUAUGUUAUUGUCCUACUGAAUUUUGUAUUGGUAAUUAUAGAAUCACCUUAGAAAUUUGCAACCAUUCUUACUGAUGAUAGCCUUAGAUUUUAUAUUAAAAGUUACAUCUAACUGCUUGAAAAAUGCACAAAGCAAUCUUGUUUCCAGGCUCUCAGAAAAAGAAAAGAUUGAAAAAUUCACUUUGCCACAGCUGUCAUCACUACAUUAGCAAAUGACAUGUGCAGUACACUCCCUUGUUCUCCAUUUAAUUUCCCUCAGUGCAACUGUACACACAAAGAUAAGCCCCAUCUGCAGACAAAUGGAAGUAAAAUACUGGGCCUAAACAGGGCGCCAUAUACCAUUUUAAUCAGCAAUAAAAUAACACCCUAGGGGCAAAAGUAAAAAAAAAAAAAAAAAAAAAAAAAACAGGUUGCUGCCAAGUUGCCUUUACUAUUUCAUUCAGCUGUCAAACACAGAAAUUAAAGCACAGUUCUUGAAAUACCCAAUUGAAUUUAUGUUAUUGAAAAUACAUACUGUAGUUCUUCUAAAAAUGUGAAAUGAUUUGCCUGAGAUAAUACCAGCAAUGGAAUAAGACCAUUCAAUUCAGAACUGUGUAUAUACGAAUUUUUUUCAUGAAAAUGGAUUUCAUAGAGGGAAAAAAGCUCGUACCACAAUGCAAUUUGGGGAUUGAGGAGAUUUCUAUUCCUUUAUAUGCAUAAUUCACUGUAUAGCUCACAUAUGCGUCCUAUCCAAAACCGCUCUACAUUACUUAACAUUUUGAAACAAGCUAGUGAAAACAUGCAGUAGAUACUUUCAUUUUAGAGAAAAACUUGUUUUGUAAACAAUGGGCCAAAUUCUGUGUGUUCAAUGGUGUUACUUGGGAUUUUUUCUAGUUUAACAGAGGAAGUUUAUACAGAGAUACAUAUCAGAUAUAGAUAUAUAUUUUCAUUGCAGGUUUUUUAUCAAAAUAAUUUAGACAGGACAGAUAGACAUAGUAUAAUAUUCAC